UCUAAAAUAGGAUUUGAGCGCUGGCUCAUAAAUAUCCUAAAUUACACCGCUAUCUUCUGAGAGGUAAAUCACACAAAUCUCAGAAUUCACUUUUUGUAACUUGCUUGACUUUUUCUCCAUAGCAAGUGUGAAGUGUCUCAUUUAUUCAAUGUCAUAUUUGAGUGAAGCAAAGAAAGCAAAAAAUGGGGAAAUUAGACCCAACGUUCAAGAAACAAGGAUUUCAAACCAUGUGGUAUCAGACCUGAUUCAGUAAUGUGUGAACACACACCCAAAGAAGGAAUGAAAUGCGUCCCUAUGGCCUAAGGAGGAGUAUUCGAUGUCCUAAGAAAUAUGGGGAGACUAUUAAAGAGAGGAAAUACAUGUUGGCCCCAUGUUAUGAUUUGGACCUUGUGUGUGAGCAGAGUGAAGCAGACCCCCAGAAACCCCUGGAUGACAGAUAUACAAGGAACGCUGCAGUUCUUCCAGAUCUCAAACUGCCCCACAGCGACGGAGGCCUCCCUGCUGAAGAGAGGACCUCCAGCAGCAUGUCACCGAUCCAGCCAGGACCUCUGAUGAUCCACGGCUUCACGGUACCGGAGUUCCAGCAGACAUAUCAUUCAGUGGUGGAUCCCCUGCUCUUUAGGCCUUGCGGGAAGCUCGCAGCCUACAGUCUGGAGCUCGGCCGUAACAUAAAGGACCAUCUGUUUCAAGAGCUGGCCUACCCCACGCUGCAAAUUUCAGAGCAGCCAACUAGAAGGGUGGAGGUGAUGGAAAGAUUUUGUGUGCUCCGUCCCUACACCUUUCAUAGAUGUAGACCGUAAAGGGGAACCACAGUAAUAUUAACCCACAGACUUUCUAUAAUUUGAGGGUGCUAUUUUCUUUUUCAUUUGUCUCUUCAUACUUCAUUUAGACAAUUUCUGUUUAUCCUUCAAAUGUAAUGUAGCAGCUGGAUUUAGAUUUCAAAUGUUUGACAAUAAAGAUCCACUUUAUAAACUGUUUAAAAAAGACAAAUAAUGCAAAACCAAUUAAACCAAAAUCUGUGAA